AUGUCUAGUUUAAAUUACACCAUUUCAUUCUCAGUUGACUUCACAAGUCUGGGAGAUUUUUUCCUUUUCACUUACCACAUAAUGUUCGCCACAUGCGCGGCUCUACUGGCGGGUUCUGUGGUUCUCGGGAUCCUGUGCACCCGAGCGCUGCGCCACCAGAACCGCUUCAUCUUCAUGCUGAAUACCAGCAUUAGCGACACCCUCACCGGCAUCUCUGUCUAUUACCUCGGCCUUUUCGACGUGCAGGAGGGUUAUCCGUCUAGAAACAGCACCUUUUACAUCUUGCCCUCGUUUUUAGGGGUGAACGUAAUGACGUUUCUGUUCGCGCAGUUUGACCGCUACUUGGCGGUGGGACAUCCGUUCUUCUAUAAGCGCUUCAUUACGCGCGGGUUUGUCAUCUCCUGUUGUGUGUUCUCCUGGGUUUACACCUACUUAAUCCUGACUAUUCAGAACGUUUUACCAGUUGCACAAGCUGUCAAACUCAGCGCUUUUGGCGUCAUGAUGUUGCAGAUUAUAGUUGUGAUUAAAGUCUUGAUGACCAUUAAGUUAUACAUCAUAGCCAAACACCAGCUCCGGCGCGAGGCGCCCAGUCCGGACAGAGACAGCAAGAAAGAAUCACUGCGCCUCAUCGUGUUCGUGGUGAUUUGUUUUUUGUCACUGUGGUGUCCUUCUUUUGUGAACAUCAUGGUGAAAUAUCUCUCCAACGGCGGGCUGCGCUUUAAGAACGAAGCGACCAACGUGUUUGCGAUCAUGGCGCGCUUUAACGCGCUCAGCACCCCUGCGCUUUACAUAUGGGGAAGUCCUGCUCUGCGCACUGCUGUGUGGAUCACGGUGUGGAACAGAGUGUGUACACCGUGCCACAUCAUAACGACAAGAUUAUUCAGCAUGAACAUGAAACCAGGGAAAGGAAGAGUCCUGAGCAUCUCACAGGACAUGAGGGACACGUGA